AUGGGUGGCGGCGGCGAUCAAGAUGAGCGAAUGGAAGAAAGUCACGGGGAAUCUUCGCAGAAUAAAGUUUGUAUGGAGGAGGGCGAAGGCCCGUCAUUAAGUCAUCAUCAUCACGGGCAAGAUGUUCGUUUUUUUCAUGAAAAAUCUGUGAUUUUGAUUUAAAAAGUUGGGCAUUUUAAGUAAUUAGAGAUCAAUAAAUAGAACAUGAAUAUAGGCUUUAAGUCAUCUAAUACAAGAAAAAUAAUUUUGAAGUAAAAAAAUACAUGUUUUUUUUGAGCAGUUUCUCACUGAAAAUGCGCAAUUUUUUGAUUUUGAGACAUUUUUUUAUUCGAUUGAAUUGUUUUGAAAUCGAGCGAAAACGAUUCGUAAUGCUUUUUUUCUGAUUUUUUUCCGUCUAUUGAGAAAAAUAUUUUAAUCUCGGAAAGUUUGCUAAAAAAAGUUGUAAAAUGGCCAAAUUUAGUGCUUUGAAGCGAAAAAAAUUGCGAUUUCGGGCCACUUUUACUGGCUCAAAAAUGCUUAUUUUUUUGUUUAUGAAAUGAAAAAAAUGCUUUGAAAUAUGAAAUUAAUACAUUUUUUGAGCAUUUAGCCCACAAUACGGACGUAAAUUUUCAUUUCAAGCCGUUUAGAAGAUCAAAAAAAAGUUUAAAAUGAAAAUGCGGGAUUUUUGAACCCUAUCCCAAGACAAAAUUACAUUAUUUCGCAAUUUUCAACAUUUCAAAUGAAGGAGAUGCUUCAAAAUAACUUUAUUCCCACAAAAAGCCUCGAAAUAAUUAAUUUUUAGGUCAAGAAAAAUUUUUUUCAGCCCCCUGAACCUUGGUUCCAAAACCAAUACUCCUGUGGCCCUCCGCGGCGUCUUUUUUCGUCUCGUAAGCUUGAAAAAAAGAUUUUUGGUGAAAAAAUGGAAUUUGAAGCGCCGGCCAAUCACAAGACCUACCCAUCGGCGUGUGGGGCCGAAAUCCGGAGUGAUGAGCAAAAUUUCUCGAAUCAAAUAAGGAAAGGUUGGUUUCAAAUGGACAUUUUCAGAGGUUCAAAAUACAUGAAAUUGAGAAAAAGGGACUUUACUAGCUUUUUUUGAAGCUAUUUUUCGUCGAAAACUUUUUUUGGAAAAUCAAAAAAAAAUUAAUUUGCCCUAAAAAUGUAUUAAAUUUCGAUAUGGAGGUCCUGAUUUUUGGAAGCUUCAAAAUUGACAUUUUCAGAGGUCAAAAAUACUCAAAAUCGAAAAAAAGGGACUUUACUAGCUUUUUUGGAGCUAUUUUUCGUCAAAAACUUUCUAGGAGUGGGAAAAAAAUUUAAAUUUUUCGAAAAAGUAUACCAAAAACCGACAGAAAGGUCCUGGUUUCUGGAAGCUUCAAAAUAGACCCUUUUAUUGGUUCAAAAAUGAAGGAAAUUCAAAAAAAUGGGGACUUUGUGCCGUUUUUAUAACUAUUUUUUUCACAGAAGUCCUUUUUAGGUAAAAAAAGAAAGGUUAAAAAGAAGUAGAUUUGAUAAAAAAAUGUCAUAAAAAAAGACCCUGAAGCUUUGAAAAUUAACAUACUCAGAGGUCCAAAAAAAUGCGUAAAAUUUGAAAAAAAGGGUACUUUUUCAAGGCCUUUUUUUAAGGGGGUUUUUCUGUAAAAAUAUUUUUUUUUGAAAAAGCUGAAAAAAAGUUGAAAUAUCGGAAAAAGUGUACCAAAAACCGACAAAAAAGGUCCUGAUUUCUGGAAGCUUCAAAUCUGACAUUUUCAGAAGUUCAAAAAAACACAUGAAUAUCAGAAAAAUAAAGAAAUUUUUUUCUUGAAAAGUCUUUUUUUGCUCAAAAAAAGGAGUCAAAAAAAGUUAAAAAGUAGUUGAUUAAAAAAAGAAUUUUUUUGAGAGGCACUGCAGCUUCAAAAUUGACAUUGUUAGAGGUCCGAAAAUGCAAGAAAUCCAAAAAAAGGAAGUUUUUUUACGGCAAAAAAAUCUUUUUGUUGAAGAAAUGAAAGAAAGAAUUUUUUUGCAAAAAAAUGAACUAAAAAAAUCGAUGAGAAGGUCCUGAUUUUCGGAAGCUUCAAAAUCAAAUUCUUUAUAAGAAAUUUCCGAAAAAUAUCUGAAAACGAAAAAAAGGGACAUUACAAGCCAUUUAUGGCUAUUUUUUUUGUAACAAAUAUAUUUUUCGAGAGUUGAAAAAAAUAAAGUUUUGAAAAAUUGAACUGAAAAAUUGAUUAAAAAAACACUGAUUUUUCGAAAAAAAGGUCCGAGAUUACCCGAAAUCGAAAAAAAAAGAAACUUCACUAGUUUUUUUUAAAAUUAGGUCCUGAUUUUUAAUAGCUUUAAAAUCAAAUAUUUGAAGGAAAUUUUCGAAAGUAUCUGAAGUCGAAAAAAGGGUCUUUUUAAGCCCUUUUCAUGGCUUUUAUUCCUAUGAGAAUUUAAAAAAAGCCCUGAUUUUUGGAAAAGGGGGCAUUGGCCUUUGAUCAACAUGAAAAAUAGGCUUUUCGGACUUUUUCAAUGAAAAAAAGAUGAUAAUUCCUCAAUUUUUCAGCCGAGGACAAAACGGUCGGGAUUAUAAAACUGAAUAUCCCUCAUAUCGGACAGCUCCGCGGGAAAAUCAGCACUUCUUAUCACUACAUCGCCAAUCUUCCCUGGUUCGUGGCCAAAAAUUCAAAUUUGAAAAAAAAAACAGUUGGUACACAAUCCAUUUACUAGAAAAAAAUCUUGAAAAUUGCAAUUUUAUCUUAAAAAUUUAGCGGUUUCAAGUUAGUUUCAUAUCAAGAACUCUUCCAAAAAUUGGCUCCAAAUCCAAAAAAAUACAUCAAAAAUUCAAAGUGAAGAAUUUUCGGAAUUUCAUCAAAAAUCUGACGAAAAAAAGCGUAAAAUUAAAAAGACUUUCAACUAAAAAUUUAGACAAAAAAACUACAAAUUUUUCUAGCUAAAAAAAUGUCGGUUUUUGGCUAGUCUCCCUUAUGUUCGCAUUUCAAAAAAUCCAGGACCUGAAAAAGUUUGAAAAUGUUUUUGAACUUUUUCGAUAAGAUUAGCUUGAUUUUUUUCUAGCAAAUUCAUAUUUUAGGCCUUGAAAUGCAUAAAAAUUAAGGGGAGACUUUGAAAAUCUUGAAAAUAGUCGUCAAAAUAAAAGAAAAAAAGAGCUUUUGAGGGCCCCCAAGGGAUUUUUUAAACGUCACUUUUGCAUCUUUCUCACGUCCUUUUUUCAAUAUUUUUCAAGUCCUCUAACAAAAAUAUGCUGAAAAGCUACUUAUAAAUAUUCCAGGGGGUUCGAAAUCCCUGACGCUAUGAAAAAGGAGCUCAAAAAUAUUUUUUUCGAUAAUUUUUAGGGAAACUUUUCCAGCUCCUUCUGAACCUUUAGCGAUGCCUUAAAAUUUGAAGGAGACUGGCGGCGAAAACGGAAAAGACGAAACGGACGUCGGACGUCAAGUUCUUCUCGGUCUACAUCGACUGCAAUCCGGAGAGCGAGAGCACGUUGUGGGCCUGCGACGCGAUCGUCGAGUUCCGAUUGGUCUCCCUUCGGAAUGAUCACAAUCAGAACUUCACUCGGGAGGUUCGCAAUCGGAAAAAAUGUAGAAAUAUAGUCCGUCCGGUUUUCAAGUGUCAGAGGAGUCGGUGAGACUUGAAAACGCUUAGGAACGCCAGAGUGGCCACUAGAGGGGUAGCCUUUGCGACUCUUCGAAGGUUCCCUCAAAAAACGUUUAGCCUUCCCAUAUAAGGGACACUAGAGCUUGCAAAAAUGACCACUCUAGGGAUUUCAGUUAGCGGCCCCUCGAGGAGAAAGAUAAAGGUUCUUAAACGCCUUUUUAUCUUUCGAACCGGAAGAUCAACUAAAGGGACCACUUAAGUUUCAGUAUUUUGAAGAGACCCCUUAAGCGCUCAUGAGAAACGAGGAGUGGCCACUAGAGGGGCUCUUGUAGGUUCUCUCCUCCUAUAAAGGACACUAAAGCUUGCAAAAAUGACCACUCUAGGGUUUUUAGUUAGCGGCCCCUCGAGGAGUAAGAUAAAGGUUCUUAAACAACUUUUUUUUUAACAAACCGGGAGAAAACAUUCAAAAACCACUAUAGGGGCCACUCGAGCUUCAGUAUUUUGAAGAGACCCCUUAAGCGCUCACGAGAAACGAGGAGUGGCCACUAGAGGGGCUUUGGAGGCUGAGAUUAAUGUAGCUUUUAAAAGUGGCCACUUUAGGGGAGUAAUCCCAAUAUGUCUUUUUUUACUUUCAAACCAAAAAGCACUAUAGGGACCGCUUAAGCUUCAGGGACUCAAAAAUUAGACCCUAAAGUUCUAUAGUGACCCCUCAAAUUUUAUUCUUCUAGCGAUAAAUUUCCAAAUGUCAACUUGAUUGGGGUUUUGAAGCCUUGAAAUUCUCUAAAAUGCACAUUUUUUUUUCGAAAUAUCGACCUUUUUUUCCAGUUCCGCAACAAAUUCAACUUCAACUCGAACAACUGGGGCUUCCCGUCGUUUAUGGAGUGGAGUGAGGUUAAUUUUCACCUUUUAUAUUGGAAUUUUUAGAAUUUUCGGUCAUUUUGCAGGUUUCAAAACAUUUUAAAAAGCUCAAAGUACGAUUCUUCGAUUUCGAAACACGUUCCCCGAAUAAAAAUGCUUCAAAAUUAAAAAAUCCAUGGUUUCGGACCAUUUUAGUAAGCUCAAAACCAUCUUUUUUCGAAAAAUAGGUAUUUGUGACAAUUCUCAAUCAUCUGGUCGCAUUUGGAAUGGCUCAGGGAUUUUUUGAAACAUGUUUUCAAAAGAAAAUCGUUUCGAAAUUCGAAAAAUGCGUGAUUUUGGACCAUUUUAGUAAGCUCAAAACCAUCUUAUUUUCAAAAAAAGUGUAAUUGUGACAAUUUCACUAAUCUGGCCGCAUUUGGAAUGGCUUAGAGAUUUUUUGAAACAUUUUUAUCCCAGAAAAGUGUUAGGAAAAUGUGAAAGUGCCUCGAAAUUCAAAAAAUGGGUGGUUUUUGACCAUUUUUAUGAGCUCUGAACCACCUUUUUCGGAAAAUAGUGUUUUGUGACGAUUUUCAAUCAUCUGGCCGCAUUUGGAAUGUCUUAGAGGUUUUUUGAAACAUGUUUCCAAAAAAAAUCGUCACGAAAUUGGGUAAAAAUGCUUCAAAAUUUGAAAAAUAGGUGGUUUUGGACCAUUUUUACGAGCUCAAAAUUAUCUUUUUUUGAAAAAUAGUGUAUUCGUGAUGAUUUUCAAUCACUUGGUCGCAUUUGGAAUGGCUCAGAGAUUUUUUGAAGCAUUUUUAUCCCAGAAAAGUGUUAGGAAAAUGUGAAAAUGCCUCGAAAUUCAAAAAAGGGGUGGUAUUGGAUCGUUUUUGUAAGCUCUAAACCAUCUUUUUCGGAAAAUAGUGUUUUGUGACGAUUUUCAAUCAUCUGGCCGCAUUUGGAAUGGCUUCGAGAUUUUUUGAAACAUGUUUCCAAAAAAAUCGUCUCGAAAUUGAGUAAAAAUGCUUCAAAAUUUGAAAAAUGGGUGGUUGUGGACCAUUUUCGUAAGCUCAAAACCAUCUUUUUUUGAAAAAUAGUGUAUUCGUGAUGAUUUUCAAUCACUUGGUCGCAUUUGGAAUGGCUCAGAGAUUUUUUGAAGCAUUUUUACCCCAGAAAAGUGUCAGGAAAAUGAGUAAAAACUCUUCAAAAUUUGAAAAAUGGGCGGUUUUGGACCAUUUUUGUGAGCUCAGAACCAUCUUUUUCAAAAAUAGCGUAUUUGUGACAUGUUUCAAUCAUCUGGCCGCAUUUGGAAUGGCUCAGAAAUUCAAAAAAAAAAAAGAGAAAGAAUUCAAAUUUCCAUACAGCUUCUGAACCCCGACCGCGGAUUCGUCAGAAGCGACAAAAUAUCGGUCGAAGCGCGGAUUGUCGUUCAAAAAGUCGUCGGUGUACGGUAAGUAAAAAAUAAUUUUCGUGGUGGGACCAAUUUUCCUUCGCAGAAAUAACCCACAAUUCGACUUCUCCGAAUGUCAGCCCCACACUUCGGACGCCGUACUGAUUAUCGAUGGGAAACGGCUUCAUAUUAGUCGCGCGGUUGGUUUUUUGGACCAGUAUAGGAAAAAUUAUGGCUUUGAAAUGAGAAAAAACGGAUUUUUUGGAGUUUAUUUUAUGAAAAAACGUCGAAAAAUGAGCAAAAAAUCGUCAGUUUCGAAAGGAAAAAGGGUAUUUUCAUCAUUUUUACGUAUUUUUAGUUUUUUUCAACGAUUUUGAGACAGAAUAAGAUGUUGUGAAAUGAGAAAAAACGGGUUUUUUGGAGUUUAUUUUAUGAAAAAACGUCGAAAAAUGAGCCAAAAGUCGUCAAAUUAGUAAUAAAAAAAGGGUGUUUUUCAUCAUCUUUACGUAUUUUUUUAGUUUUUUUAACAAUUUUGAGACAGAAUAAUAUGUUGUGAAAUGAGAAAAAAACGGCGUUUUUUUGAGUUCUUAAUGGAAAAAAAGUCGAAAAAAAUGAGCCAAAAGUUGUCAAAUUCGUAAUAAAAAAAGGGUAUUUUCAUCAUUUUUACGGGCAUUAGUUUAUUUCAAAAAAAUUGUUGAGACAGCAAAAAAAUUGUGUAGAAUGAGAAAAAAACAUAUUUUUUUUGAACAUAUUUUUUUGGGAAAAAGUCGAAAAAUGAGCCGGAAGUCGUUAAAUUCGAAGGGAAAAAAAGGGUAUUUUGAUCAUUUUUCGCGUAUUUUUUUAGUUUUUUUAACGAUUUUGAGACAGAAACAUAUGGCGUAGAAACAGAAAAAUACGGUUUUUUUGAGUUUUUAUGUCAUGAAAAAAAGUCGAAAAAAAUGAGCCGAAAAUCGUCAAAUUUGAGGGGGAAAAAGGGUAUUUUCAUCAUUUGUACGUGUUUUAGUUCUUACAAACAAUUUUGAGAGACAAUAAGAUGUUGUGAAAUGAGAAAAAAACGGGUUUUUUUGGAGUAUGUUAUAAAAAGUCGAAAAAAAGAGGUUUUCGAUCGUUUUCACGAGUUUCAGCUUCUUUUUGAACCGUUUUAAGUAUUUUCUAAUAUUCAUACACGAACUAUGGUCCAUUUGCAACUUUUUGAUGGCCUUUCAUAAGUGAAAUUCAAAAAAAUGAGCUGAAAAAAAUGGCCGAAAAAUCGUCAAAAGUGAGGAAAAAAAAAAUUUUUUUUUGGUCAUUUCUCCGAGUUCUACUUCUUUUAUACAAUUUCGGAACCUUUUUUGAGAUCAAAAAAUUAUUUGAUAGUUGAUUCGCAUAAACUUUAUGGCAUUUCAAAAGUGCUAUUUGGCAAAAAAUCUUCAAAAAAUAGCGAAAAAAGGGUCAAAAUUGUUCCGAAAGUGUCAAAAAAAUGAUCUGAGUAUGUUCAAAAGUUCUAAAUAGUCAUUUUCAAUGAUACUCUGACAAUAAAAAAAAAAGAAAAUUUUCUCGAAAAGGGUAAUAUUUUUGUUCAAUUCGAGUUUUCUUCACUUUUGGGAAAAAUAAUGAGAUUCGAGAUUUUUGAAGACAACAAAUUACUACAAAAACUACCUACUAAUCUUGAUUUGGAUAUAAAUUUUGUUACAAAAGGCCUUACCUCGAGAGAAUUUUCAUGAGUUUGGGAAGAAAUCGAAAAAAAAUAGGGUUAGCUUCAAAAAACGGGACUAAAUUUGAAAAUUCCCAGUGAAAGAGUCAUUUUUUGUUUUUGCAGUACCUAUCGCUCUACUCCCGGGUCUUCUACGCCAUGUUCAACUCCAACUUCAGCGAGAGGGAAAUGCGGGAAAUUCCGGUGGAAGACGUCGUCUUCGAGGAGUUCGUCGAGCUCCUCAACGUCGUCUACCCCAGUCACAAGCCCGUUUCAUGUCCGUCUUAUUAGGAAUUUAUUUCAGGAAUCUUCAAUAGUAUCUUAGUGCUCUACAUAAUCAUACUACUUGAGAUAAUUUCGUAUUUUUCAAUUUUAUUCAAUUGAUUUUUUUAUCGAUUUUAUUGAUCGCAAAAAUUCAAAAAUUCAGUUUUUAUUGAUUUUUCGAAUUUUGGGAAGUUCAAAAAUCCGAUUUUUUUAUCGAUUUUAUUGAUCGAAAAGUUCAAUUUUCAUCGAUUUUAUUGAUCUGGGAAGUUCAGAAUCCGAUUUUUAUCGAUCUUAUUGAUCGCGAAUUUCAAAUUCCGUUUUUUAUCGAUUUUAUUGAUCUGGAAGUUCAGAAUCCGAUUUUUAUCGAUCUUAUUGAUCGCGAAAUUCAAAUUCCGUUUUUUAUCGAUUUUAUUGAUCUGGAAGUUCAGAAUCCGAUUUUUAUCGAUCUUAUUGAUCGCGAAAUUCAAAUUCCGUUUUUUAUCGAUUUUAUUGAUCGCGAAAUUCAAAAUCCUUUUUUUAUUGAUUUUAUUGAUCGCGAAGUUGAAAAUCCGAUUUUUUAUCGAUCUUAUUGAUCGCGAAAUUCAAAAUCCGAUUUUUAUCGAUUUUAUUGAUCGCGAAAAUCGAAUUAUCUCUGAUUUUCCAAAAUUCAGUUAUCUUUCUCCUUUUCUGAUUGCUAUUUUGAACUUCCCUGAAUCAUUUUGAACACGGAAAAAAAUGUCAUAAAAAUGAUUUUUUCAAAAAAAUAGGUGAAGAAUCAGGAAAAAAGACCAAAAAAAUCGCAAAUUUUUUUUCAAUUUUUUUCAAACACUGGAUUUUUCUUGUGAAGGAAAAAGCUGAAAAAUUUGAAAAUUUAUCGAUGAAUUUUUCGAUCUAAUCUGAUAUUUCGAUUCAAAAAAACUCUCCAAAAACCGAAAAAUUAAAAAUCAUUGCAUUUUUAAGUAGAGUUUCACUGUUCUUAUAAGGUUUUCGUGAUAUUUUUUCAGCAAAAAGUGGAAAAAUUCACGUAAAAUGUGGUUUUUCAAAAAUUCAUUUCAAAAAGUGCUGAUUUUUCGAAUUUUUCAGCUGAAAACGUGGAAUUCCUGCUGGAAUUGGGCGACAAAUUCGAAAUUCAGUACGUGAUCGACCUGUGCGAACAGUUCCUGAUCCGUUCCGAUGAAGUUUCGACGAUAACCAAGCUCGUCUGGGCCGACCAGUACUACUUGGCUCAGCUACAGGUCCGGAAAAAAGCCUUCCUUCGGGUUUUUUGGGAUUUUAAUCGAAUUGUUAUCAAUAGAGCAACCUUUCUAGAAUCAUAGAAGUCAUUUUUGGGAUCUUAAUAGACUUAUUAUCGGUAGAGCAACCUUUCUCAAAUCAUGGAAAUCAUCUUUCAGAUUUUGAUCGGUUUAUUGUCAAUAGAGCAACCUUUUCUCGGAUCUUACGGAUCUUAAUCGAUUUGUUAUCAGUAGAGCAACCUUUCUCGACUUAUAGAAGCCAUUUUUUGAAUCUUAUCGAUUUAUUAUCAGUAGAGAAACCUUUCUCAGAUCUUAAAGGUCAUUUUCCGACUCUUACACGAUUCAUUAUCAGUAGAGCAAGCUUUCUGAAAUCUUAAAGCUCAUCUUUUGGAUUUCAAACGAUUUAUUAUCGUUCGAAUCUUAAAAGUCAAUUUUUAGGAUCUUAAUCGAUUUAUUAUUACUAGAGCAACCUUUCUCAAAUCCUAAAGGUCAUUUUUUGACUCUUGAGCGACUUAUUGUCAGUAGAGCAACCUUUCCCAAACCAUAUAGGGCAUUUUUCGGAUUUUAAUCGGUUUAUUUUCAAUAGAGCAACGUUUCUCGGCUCGUAAAGGUCAUUUUUCGAAUCUUACACGGUUCAUUAUCAGUAGAGCAACCUUUCUCGGAUCGUAAAGGUCAUUUUUUGGAUCUGAUUCGAUUUUUUAUCAGUAGAGCAACUUUUCUCGAAUCAUAGAAGUCAUUUUUCGGAUCUUAAUCGAUUUAUUAUCAGUAGAGCAGCCUUUCUCGUAAGAAAGAAGAAUUUAGAAAGGUUGCAGAUUUUUCAAGGUUUCAGGAGGGUUUUUAUAUCUUUCCUUAUGCAUUUUUGAAACUAUAGAAAGGAUAUUUUAAAUAUAAAAAUUUUUCAAAAAUUUUUCAAAAUUUUAAGCUCUAGGACCCGAGUCUCCUUUGAAACCAUCAUUUACCCAUUUUAAAAAGAAGAAUUUUCAGAGGCUAGAGAUUUUCCAAGGUUUCAGGAGGGUUCUUAUAUUUUUUUCCUCAUGCAUUUUUUUGGUACUGUAAAGGAAUUAUUUUAAAUAUAAAUCUUGAAAAAAAUUUUCGACUGAACCCCCCUUAAAAAAACCCUUUACCUAUUCUCAGAAAAAUAAUAUUAUUUUUUUCAGCACACCUGCAUGAGAACCUUCAAACAAGUCUCGGAAAUCAAGGCCCUGAAACUGACGGAGGAGUACAAGAACCUGAGUGACGUCACCAAGGCGGCGCUUCUCGAAAAAAUCUUCAAGUUGUUGAAAGAUUGA